UUUUUUUUUCUAAUUUCUUUUUACCUAUUAAAGUAACUAAACUUUUGUUAUUGUUUCAGAAAGAACAUGCUUAUAGAUGCUACAUGGCAGCAUCCCUCGUUUAUGAGGGCAAAGGAUGGGCAUUAGCAGAUGAUCAUAUCAGUUGUGCACUCGGAAGGCAAUCAUUUCAGUUGGGCAAGUCAGAAGAAGUGCUUGAGCAUUACAAGAAGCUUUUACGCGAAAGCAGGCAAACACCGCAGCAGCAGGCUGUUUACAUGAAGGAAUUCUUAAGCGUUUACAGGGAUUAUACCAAUAAGACCGAAGCCGAUCCCUUGCGUGAAACCUUCCCAGACUUCCCGCUUCCUGUAGUGCUUGGUUCGACAGCCAGAAUUCUUCUCUCAACUUCUCAAUCAACAACCGAGGAUAGCGAAGCAUGGACAGAACUAGAGAGUGGAAUACAGAGUUCGUCUAGCUCUGCUGGGGGACGUACCGUAUCCACUGUCGGAGAAUAUAUACUUGCAACUAUCAAUGUAAAGAAUCCUUUGCAGAUCCCACUUAUCUUGACAGACGUUAUCCUUGGAUGUGAACAUAGCACUUCAACCACCACAUUCACGGUCCCUGUGGAUGCAGCCGAGGAGGCUCAUCUAGCACUGUAUGAUCAACAGAGUCCGAGCUUUGAAGGAAAAGUCUCGUUCAAUGCCUUUGAUUGUGAUCGGAUCGAUCGUGUAAUCCUCGAACCGGGCCAAACCAGGACGUUGACGUUUGAGAUCCUACCUAAAAAAGAGGGUCAAAUCCGAGUUAUGGGUCUUCAUUGCAAUGUGGAAGGUCAGGUUCAUGCUUACAAAGAUAUUGUCAAGCGAGGCAAACGAUUGAAUAAGACCAAGGAGCAAAUGAUGUCCAUGGUAUAUGAAGAGGAUAAGAGCCUGGUGAUUCUAGUGGCGCCAGAGAUGCCCUUAUUAGAUGUCCAAUUCCAUUCGUCUCCAGAAAUGUUGUUAUCGGGUGAAGUGUGUGAAAUUUCACUAGAGAUCAAGAAUCGAGGCAAGAAGGGACUCAAGAAUCUAACUGUACGGAUGAGUCAUCCUACAUUUUUUUGUAUUGGUGAACAGAGAGAUACGGGCGACUUGGGACUCUACAAUAAAGGUGAUGGUAACAGAGCAGUUGAGAUAGUUCAGGUUGACAACUCAUUGCAGCAUAGUACAGCACACAGAAUCUUGGGUACAGUGCUGGCGCCUGGAGAAAGCAUUAAAAUCCCUAGUUGGCUACGUGGGGAGAAAAUUGGCAAACAUAAUUUCUUAUUUUUGUUCUCGUAUGAAUCAGAACAAGAAGGGACAGCCAUGGGGACCAGGACUUUGCGGCAUGCUGUUGCUGCGCAAGUCUUACCUUCCCUCAAGAUUAAUGCAUUCACUAGACCGAGUACCAAGGGACUGAACGAGUUUAUUCUUGGUAUCGAGACUGAAAACCUGCAGACGGUCCCCGUUUUUGAAUUCCUUCAGAUUUCAUCCAUGAGUGCUUCCUGGGUCAUCGAAGCUGUUGGCAAAUCUGACGCCUCGUCAAACAGUAUUCACGUAUUAUAGGGUCCGUAAGAAUGAUCAAGCCUCUGCCUCCACAUCAAGAAUUACACCAGAACGAUUCAUGGCUAAAGCCCUUGAGAAGCUUGUCAUUGGUCAAGAACGGCUUAAGGAUGUUCCACCUCCUUUGGAUCUGCAACACUGUCAUCUCUCCACUGUACGUGUUUGUUUGUUUGUUUUUUUUUUGGCCCUUACCUUAUAUCUUGUCUACUAUAU